AAGCGCCCGCCCCAUGCGCUCCCAGCAGCCCCUGCGGCUCUCGGCGGGGCGCGAUGAUCCACGAACUGCUGCUGGCUCUCAGCGGGUACCCGGGCGCCGUGUUCACCUGGAGCAAGCGCGGUGGCCUGCAGGUGUCCCAAGAGCUGCCGUUCCUGCACCCCAGCGAAACGAGCGUCCUGAACCGGCUCUGCCGCCUCGGCACCGACUACAUCCGCUUCGCCGAGUUUGUGGAGCAGUACACGGGUCACGUUCAGCAGCAGGACCAUCAUCCAUCUCAGCCAAACCAGAGUGGAUUACAUGGGAUUUAUUUGCGAGCCUUCUGCACAGGUCUUGAUUCAGUGCUGCAGCCAUAUCGUCAAGCACUGCUUGACCUAGAACAAGAGUUUCUGGCCGACCCACAUCUUUCCAUCUCGCAUGUUAAUUAUUCCUUGGACCAGUUUCAGUUACUCUUCCCCUCUGUGAUGGUCAUGGUGGAACAAAUCAAAACUCAGAAGAUUCACGGAUGUCAGAUAUUGGAGACAGUCCACAAACACAGCUGUGGGGGGUUGCCUCCCGUUCGCAGUGCUCUUGAAAAGAUUCUGGCAGUGUGUCAUGGAGUCAUGUAUAAGCAGCUGUCUGCCUGGAUGCUGCAUGGACUGCUACUAGACCAGCAUGAAGAGUUCUUUAUCAAACAGGGUCCCUCUUCUGGGAACGUCUCUAGCCAACCUGAAGAAGAUGAUGAUGACCUAGGAAUUGGGGGCCUUACAGGAAAACAGCUACGAGAACUACAGGACCUGCGCUUGAUUGAGGAAGAGAACAUGUUAGCUCCAUCUCUAAAACAGUUUUCCCUGCGAGUGGAAAUGCUGCCUUCAUACAUUCCUGUGCGGGUUGCUGAGAAAAUCCUCUUUGUGGGAGAAUCUGUACAGAUGUUUGAGAAUCAAAAUGUUAAUCUGACCAGAAAAGGCUCCAUCCUGAAAAACCAGGAGGACACUUUUGCAGCAGAGCUGCAUCGACUCAAGCAGCAAUCGCUCUUUAGUUUGGUGGACUUUGAAUCUGUGGUUGACUGGAUACGGAGCACUGUUGCCGAGCACCUUUGGAAAUUGAUGGUGGAAGAAUCAGAUUUACUAGGCCAGCUGAAGAUUAUAAAAGACUUCUACCUUUUGGGAAGAGGUGAGCUGUUUCAGGCCUUCAUUGACACUGCACAGCACAUGUUAAAAACACCACCUACAGCUGUAACCGAACAUGAUGUCAACGUUGCGUUUCAGCAGUCGGCUCAUAAGGUGCUGUUAGAUGAUGACAACCUUCUUCCUCUGCUUCACUUAACCAUUGAGUAUCAUGGAAAGGAGCAUAAAGAUUCUUGUCAGACUCGUGAAGGGCCUUCCCGGGAGUUAUCUCCACGUGAAGCCCCCACGUCUGGAUGGGCAGCUCUGGGCCUUUCUUACAAAGUUCAGUGGCCACUGCACAUUCUCUUUACUCCUGCUGUUCUGGAGAAGUACAAUGUUGUGUUCAAAUACCUGCUGAGUGUGCGACGAGUCCAGGCUGAGCUACAGCACUGCUGGGCUCUCCAGAUGCAACGCAAACACCUGAAAUCUAACAGAACUGAUGCCAUCAAGUGGCGUUUGAGGGAUCACAUGGCUUUCCUUGUCGACAAUCUUCAGUAUUAUCUGCAGGUGGAUGUACUGGAAUCGCAGUUCUCACAGCUUCUGCAGCAGAUAAAUGCCACACGAGAUUUUGAGAGUAUACGACUGGCUCAUGAUCAUUUCUUAAGCAAUCUGCUGGCUCAGUCUUUCAUCCUCCUAAAACCUGUUUUCCACUGCUUAAAUGAGAUUCUGGAUCUUUGCCACAGCUUUUGUUCUCUGGUCAGUCAGAAUCUGGGCCCGUUAGAUGAACGGGGAGCUGCACAACUCAGCAUUUUGGCGAAGUUUUGGGGUUUAAGCACUAAGGCCUUUUCUUCAGGCUGUGACCAAGAGCACAUCAAGCAGAGGAGAUUGGUAUUCUCAGAGAGUUUGCACCCAACUGAAUUUUUCUUUCGUGGUGAACCACUGUUUUGGAUGGAAUUGGCAGGAAGUGCCACUUACUGAGGCCGCCCAGUGAUUACAGAAAGCUGCUCUAUUUUUUCUAAACUAGUAAAAACACACUUUCUGCAGCGCUGCAUGUACUUGUAAAUGCUUCUAGGGAGGCAGUCUGUGCCUCUUCAGAAAGUGAAAAAGCCAUGGAAAUUAUGAUUUCUUCGCUCUUCACCUGGACUGUGAUCCUUUUCAAGUAGCAGUCUAUCGUUCUUGACUAUGAAUGACCUUUUGGCUGCAUUCAGAAGUUCCGGUUGUACAGUGAACUGAUUUACAGCACACAAAGUAUCUCCAAGAAACUGAACAACUGUGAGAGCAGUUUGAGGUCAAUGGUGAGGGGAGAAGGAAUAGAUUUUAAGACUUUCUUCUCCUACGGUGCACUGUUCUAGCGUGCCUGCACAAGUAAAGGAGCUGCUAGUGAUAUCACAUGCUCUCUCUGUAAAACUUCAUACAUUUUAUGUGCUAAAAUUACACAGGUCAAGGCAGAAGCAGGAGCUUUGUCCUGUUCACAGUUCAGCCCUCCCUCUGCUGGCAGGACAGCGUGCUAGAACUAAAACUAAAGAGAAGCCUCACUGGGGGGGAGCUCUAUAUGUACUGUUUUCAUUCAGGACUAUUUAGAAUGCUACUAGUGAGGAUCCUACUGAACCAAAAUAAAUGUCUUGUCAUGCAAGUAU